GCUGUUUUGUAGAGUCACUGAGGAAAGCGUUUAGUGUGAUCCCCCAUAUUGUCCUUGCCCUUUCCACCAUCCUAAUUUUACCAGAAGAGAAGAGGAAUACUAUUAGAUUGUUUCUUUUUCAGAAAGAAGAUAUUGUUACCGUUUUCUCAAUAAAGAUUCCGUUAUUUUGUGUCAUCGUUUAUCCUAAGGGUAUUCGCAUUCUUUCGUGAUGUUUGUUUCCAGAGGAGUUCAAAGAAUUUCGCAAUUACCCAAUUCUUUAUUCUAUACUUUUCCGCUUAUAAUUGCUAAGCGUAAUUACCAAAGUGCUACCUUGGAGACUCGUCCCCCAAUUUCCGGUAAGAAAGCUCAGAUUUUAAAGCAUGCUUUGGAGCAUGUCCCUCAACUUGGCUUCUCUGAAGAAGCCAUAAAAAUGGGUGGUCGCUCACUUGGGUAUAGCAAUCUUCCUACAGCACUUUUUCCCUCUGGUUCUAUGAACCUCAUUUCAUACUUUCUAUUACAACAACGUUAUGCUUUAAGAGAACAGAAGAAUCAUCUUACUUUGAUGCAAAAUACUACUGAAAAAGUAACUCAUUUGAUUUGGUCUCGUCUCCAAGCAAACCGAGAUGUUAUGGAACACCUGCCACAGAUGAUUGCAACGUGUGUAGCCCCUUCCAAUCUUCCCUCAUCGAUUAAGUCUUUGGCAGAUCUUUCAGACGAAAUACUUUAUCUUGCCCAAGAUAAAUCUGCUGAUUUCCACUGGUAUACAAAGCGUGCUGUCGUGUCAGCCAUCUACAGUGCAUCCGAAUUGUUUAUGACGAAAGAUAACUCGCCCAAUUUUCAAGCUACUUAUGAUUUUGUUCAACAUAGAGUUCAACAUGCCAAGGCCUUGAAUAAUCUUCGUGAAGAUUUUUUGGAAUGGGGUUCCUUCCAAUUGAAUGCCAUUCGAUCAAUCCUUCGUUCUCGAGGUAUUUGAGUUAGAUAGUAAUGCGGUGUUGACUUUUGAGUUUAGUUUCAAAGUAAAUUACUAUAAAAAAAAAAAAAAAGGAUUAUCUUACUAAAUGUUGUUUGGCUAUCUUGUUUUGGUGAUUUUAUUUUUAUGGUAGAAGAAUUAAGAGUACUGAAUUGAUUACAAGAAUGUAUCAUAUGUAAAUCAAUUCAUUCUGUUAAUUAUUUAUUAAUAAAUAAAAUCACAUUAAUGAUGCAAAGUAAUUCGCGUAUUUUUUAUAUACGUGUUAGCAUAUUCUCGUCUG